AUGAAUAGUGUUGGAUUAGUCGGGCGGGAUGUUAGAGGUGAUUUUUCGUCGGUGGGUACUCAUUCGAUAGGCAAUAAGCCAAUAACCUAAGGUGGUGUUCGAAAUUUGAAUGCAGUGAUUGUAGUAUUUGGGACAUGCAUAUCUCACCAGCACGCCGAGUUGUUUUUGAGACUGGACCUCCCACCUUCUUUCCUUAUGGAAAAACAAGGUCUAGAAAUGUACUUAAAGACUAUGAAUCUAGGCCGGCAGCUACAAAUAUCAAGAUGUUGUUCUUGAGCUGUGAGGAUCUUCAAAAAGCUUUUCAAACAACUGUGUCUCAGUUGUUGAACCCUAGACAGCUGCACUAUCACAUAAAUGAUAAUAAUUUGGCUAGUAUUGCACGGAACAUAUUGAUUGUCAAGAUCAUCUCAUCUCCAACCUUUGACCCAAUGAAGAAUGAAGACCUUGAAUAUGUUUGGGAAGUUUGGUAUGGAGUUUAUUGGAGUAGCCAAGACAUUUGUGUGCGAUUCAAGAAUGACAUCAAGAGUUUGAUAAAUGGUCAUCUGCCUGAAAACGUUGAACUUUAUCCCAGCAAGUGCCUCCAGUCCAUCACAAAUAUUUGGAAGGAAUGGUAUUCUUCCAUUAAUUCAAAGAAAACAGAUAACAAUAUUGAAACUAAGCUCUCUGAAAGGACUGCAAUAAAUCUGGCAGGCUGGCGCUCAAGUUUCCCUAAAGAUUUAACAGAAGUGGAGGGAAAUGCCAAGCUAAUCCGAGAUAUUGUGGACCACAUGGUAGUUGAGCAUUUCCCCCAAGAGCUCAAAACUGCCUUAGUCUUUGAAGUGCACAACUUUUUCUUUGAAUUGGAAAGUGACAUUCCAAGUGGUCACAAAAGAAAAGUCAUCAAUCCUACCAUGCUGGAACCCAGAACGAAACGCUGGAUUGUGCAUCAUACCGUCUGUCCUUUUAAUAGCUACCUUCCGCUUCCCUUGAACAAUGAACUGGAUCCUCUGAAAGCCAACGAGGGCAGCGCUGCAACUUAUUACUGCCAAGGUGUACUACAGACACGGUUACAUCUUUACCAAAAGAAGAAGGAAAAGAUCAAGUGGGUCUUUCACCUUGGAGAUCCCAUUGAACUGUGCUACUCUUUAACAGAAUUAUUUGACGCCAUCGACUGUUCUGGACUAUCGGAUGAAGUUGGCUUAGCUAAUCUUCUCAAUGCUGCUGGUAGAAUACUAAGUCAGGAGCCCGAAUCCGUUGUGCUUCUCGAAACGAGCACCUGGACAAGAUUGGCACCUACUGUCGUCAGUUACUUGGAAGAAGCUCUUUGCGCACCACUCAGUAUGUUGCCCACCAUCUACGGAUUGAGGUUGGCUGAUCCGCUUCCUAUUGGCGCCUCAAUUCCACCCGAAUCACUUACCAGAACAACCGUUUGCCUCACGUUGAAAAGAACCCAUUCCUACCAGAACUUGAAGGUCGAUUUUGUCUCUUCGUUUCGCCCAUGGCUUUCACGAUUAGCUCGACUUUGUUUUUCACCGGGUCAACCACCAUUGGAAUGUUACACUCCCAUGACAUUUUUCUACGUGGUUGGAUCAGCAGCUCAGCGAAUGGACACAACAUGCGAUGCCUUGCGGCAGGUUCAAAAAUUAUUGAACGAAUUUGAAGAUUCAAAUUUGUUGGCUUGGAGAACGUUGUGCCAAUGGACGUGGCUUUCCGUAUUUCCUUUGAUUGGAGCUGCCCAUCUCGACUCGAGCGCCAUGAGGAGGAUCCAACAAGUCCUGGACGAAUUCCCAAUAGUUUCGCUCUUUUGGACCACGGUGCCCUUCGAUCGGAUAGAGACGAAAGCUUUUUACGAGGCUACAUCAAAUUUAAUGGGUCCUCCGAAGCUCCGCCUUUCAUUGAUACCCCACGACGUCUAUGAAGACAUGUCGAUGGAUAAACCGCUCGAUCUUUCUCAGUGCGUUGGAGGAGCCCAUUACAUUGAUAAUGUUCAAUUACGGUUUAAAAAGGAUCGUACUUCCGGAUGGGUUACAGUGUCCUUUCCACUCAUUUCGGAUCAUGGAUUGGGCGAAACGCACAGCGGAGUCAUCGUGGACAUUCAAACAGGAUUGCCACUCAUUCCCAUAGGCCCUGUCCGUUCACUUCAAUCAGAACCUUUCACUCAGUCACAUCCUUUUGCUGAUCCUGGAUCCAUUUUACCUGACGAACUUAUCGAACCACCGCCCUUGGACCAAACUUUGUCCAUGUCUGUAGUGAGUUGCUUGGAGGAGGAAUGUCAGUACAUCAUCGUCAUAAGUUGCUGUUAUAAAGAUGAACGAGAGGAAGAAGGACCUUUGCAAUUCGUUCCUGGUCUUACGUGGUUCGUGGAUCGUCAACCUCCCUGUGAAUCUGCCCAUCACAUCACUUUAGUUUUGGACCAAUCCUUUGGCUCACAAACUUUGGCAUUGUCCGUGCCGCAUCCUUUCAUCGCCGAAACUGUGGUGGCUAUGCCGACUCGACCUGGAGAGUUUCGUCUGCUCCUUCAAAAGGCCGUGAACGAGCCUUGGCCAGCCCAGUUCAAUAUUCGAACUCAACCAGUUUUUAGCAACUUCCACUUAAAUGAUUUGGCCAUUCAUCUUGAGCAACAGUUCGAUUUUAUCCAGACAUCGGCCGAUCUUUCAUCAUUGAAUGAAAUUCGACGGCUAAUAGCUCGCUUGUUUGAUUUUGUGGUCAAGGAAAACCAAACAUUCUUCAUGAUCGAAAAUUCGAAGGCGCGACUAGAAGACGACGAAUCAAAUGAACCGGAUUGGUACUUUAGAGUCCACCUCCCCAUUGUCUCCAAUGAAAACGGACAUCCGGUUUUGAUGCUUUCGGCCUUUGACUCCAGUUUGGCUCCUAAACUCAUCCUUAAGAAGAAAUCGACCAUUGAAGAAGUCGUGGCCGAAUUCAACCAGAUUUACUUGGAUGAAGCGAACCAGGAGGUCAAAUCUAUUUCAUGUUUUCAAACUUGUAGUUCAGAAACGAGCCAAUUAUUUCGCUUUAUAUUGCGACUGAAUUCGACCAAGAUUAGCAGAGACUAUAAGGAACAUGGACCCAUUGCCUUUUGGCCUUACGGAGAAAACAGUCCUUGGUUGGCAACAUUUCUGUCACCCUGCUACUCUGAUCGCCCUCGUUCUAUUUCCGAUAUUUGGAUGGAAUUGUUGCGCAAGAAGGAGCCCAAGUCUCUUGGAGAAAAGAUACGAACGGAAGAGAUUCCGCAUAAGAAACAUAUCUGCACCAGCUGCCAGCGAGUGACCACAAAAGCCAAGAGAUGUGGUCGUUGCAAGUCAGUUCAUUAUUGUGAUGCUACCUGCCAGAAGAAAGAUUGGAUCAUUCACAAACGCGUUUGCUCCAAAGUUUAGACUAAUGAUGCUAUUAUUUAUUUCAUUUUUUGUUUUUGAUUUUCGAGUUAUUCCCCUCAUGAGAAAACCAAGUUGUAUUUUUUUUUAAUGACCGUUUUUCUUAUUCGGUAACGGUUCCAUUAUCACCUUUUUAUUUUCCCCUGUCGCUGUAUUAAUGAAUUACAGUGUAUUCGAAUUCGAAAAACUCGGACAUGAAUUUACAAUCAACAUAAUAAAAGUAAAAUCAGGCGUC